AUGACUAACGGAGAGGAACAAAUUGAACCUGCUGUGACUGUUACUGCUAACACAGUUUCAGGGAUGCCAGGUCCUAGCCGUCCUACUGCACCUGCAACGGCGAUGCCACCAGCGGAAAAGCCGGGGAAAUUUUCUGGUGUUGACUUUAAGAGAUGGCAGCAAAAGAUGUUCUUUUAUCUAACCACUCUAAGUCUGCAAAGGUUCAUUCAAGAGGAUGUUCCGGUUGUGCCUGAAGGAACCCCUGACAACGAGCGCUUCCUUGUUACUGAGGCUUUGAAGCACUCUGAUUUUCUGUGCAAAAAUUACAUUUUAAGUGGGCUGGAAGAUGGCUUGUACAACGUUUAUAGCGUCAUGAAAACAUCAAGAGAAUUAUGGAAUGCUCUUGAAAAGAAGUACAAGACUGAAGAUGCUGGACUUAAGAAGUUUGUGGCCGCCAAAUUUCUGGAUUUCAAAAUGAUUGACGGUAAAUCUGUCAUAACGCAAGUCCAAGAAUUGCAAGUUAUUGUUCAUGACCUCCUUGCUGAAGGUAUGGUCAUAAAUGAAGCGUUUCAAGUUGCGGCGCUUAUUGAAAAGCCGCCUCCGCUGUGGAAGGACUUUAAGAAUUACUUGAAACAUAAGCGCAAGGAGACGACGCUUGAAGACCUUAUUGUUCGUCUACGGAUUGAAGAGGACAACAAGGCUGCUGAGAAGAAAUCUCGUGGAAAUUCAACAAUAAUGGGUGCAAAUAUUGUUGAGGAAGCUUCAACGAGUAAAAAGAGAAAGAAGUCGUCUGGAUCAACGAAUUAUCCAAGCAAGAAGAGGUUCAAAGGUAAUUGCCACAACUUUGGAAAGGUUGGAUACAAGGCUACUGAAUGUCGUGAGUUGUUUACUUCUUAUGCUCCCGCUGGACCCGAUGAGACAGUGUUUAUGGCAAACUCCGCUACUGCAAAAAUUGAAGGAACGGGCAAGGUGGCUUUGAAGAUGACUUCGGGAAAGAUUGUGACUCUAAAAGAUGUUCUUCAUGUUCCUGAAAUGCGGAAGACUUUAGUCUCAACAUCACUUCUAGUCAAGAAUGGCUUUAAGUGUGUUUUUGUUUCCGACAAGAAUCAAAGACUAUUCCAGUUCAGAAUCGAAAGGACUCCAAUUUUAGGGUUUGAAGUCGAACUUCGAUCUGAAAUUCGAAGAGAGUCAGUGGUGUUUGAAACGUUUCAGCUAGGGAUUGGGGAUGAGGAUUGUCAAGGGAGUGUAGGGUGUGAAGUUAGGAUUAUUUGGUGGUGGCGCCGCCGUGCACGGUAG